GCCAAUCAGAGCGCAGAGCUCCUGCAGACAACCACACACGAAGAAGGAGAAGAAGAAUAAGAAGAGGCGACCCGGCGGCCACAGCUGCGGCACGCGACCACUAUUCAUUCAUAAAACCAGCCUUUAACUGAGGAUUAAGACAUUAAACCGGAUGCCUCUAUGAUCCAGCUAACCCUACAGCGAGAUAUACAGUGUUCAGUUUUCACAAGAGGUGAGCCAUGGCUGAACCGAACGCCCCCCGCCCCCAGAGGAAGAUGUCCACCGCCGGGGAGAGUGUGUACAAGGUGCUCGGGCUGGAGAAAGGAGCCACAGCUGAAGACAUCAAGAAAGCGUACAGGAAACUAGCUCUGAAGUACCACCCGGAUAAGAACCCGGACAACCCGGAUGCAGCGGAGAAGUUUAAGGAGAUCAACAACGCCAAUUCAAUCCUGAACGAUGAGACCAAGAGGAAGAUCUACGACGAGUACGGCUCCAUGGGCCUGUACGUGUCCGAGCAGUUCGGAGAGGAGAGCGUCAAAUACUACUUCCUCAUGUCCAAAUGGUGGUUCAAGGGUAUGGUGCUGUGCUGCACGAUGUUCUCCUGCUGCUGCUGUUGCUGCUGCUGCUGUUUCUGCUGCGGGAAGUGUAAACCGCCCGACGACGAAGAGAGCUAUCAGUACGUCAACCCGGAAGACCUGGAGGCUCAGAUCAAGGCGGAGCAGGACGGAGGUUACACAGUAAUCAUAAACCAGCCAAAGUCUAAUCUGGAUCCAGAGAGCGCAGAAGGCCAGAGCCAGCCCAUCCCGCUGCCGAUGCCCAUGCCCAUGCCCAUGCCUCCCCCCUGAGCCCCAGUCCCCCACCUCACCCAGUGCAGCGGGGGAGGAAAACCCCGGAGAGACCCUACCAGAGUCGAAAUGACUCGAAAGUCAAAGUGCUGAAGAGCCUCAACUAGCAGAAGCAGCCUUUGGCGCCCCCGCCUAUGAUCCAGCCACAUCCGAUCCACCAGCCAGCCCAAGCCCUCACCUCCAUCCUGACCUCUCCACCAGCCUGAUCCGCCCACCGGACAACACCCGAAAGGUGGGCCCUUAAAGCCUCUCGGCCCCCUCCGUGGAACUCAAUUUAUGGAGGAGUAUUUGUGCAAAUUAAACCACUACAUGUGCUCUGAAAAUCUAAGUCCCGUUUCCACUUAAGUCAAACCUGGGUCAGUUGUGUUCUUGCAUACAGCUUCAGUCAUCCUGGGCUAGGCUUGGCAACAUUCCUGGUACUAAUCUGUCCUUAUCAUCCCAUUACAACCACUAAGGAUGUGACAGUGGGCUUAAAGACGGCACAAACAGAGGGCUAAAAUAUCAAGGAAAGGGGAUCCUCGUAAUUUAUCCGCUAUCAAGACCAGGACUGGUUUAAACCUCCCUCCAUUUCUGCUGGUGGAGCCUUUUAUUUUUUACAUUUCUUCCCCUUUAACUUUGGAGUUUUCCUCCAAAAAAGAAGACUAGCGGGGUUUUUGGGAUAUGGAAUUGGAUGCCAUUUGUGACGUUUACAUCCGAAGCCAGCAGCACGACGACGCGGGUGUGGAGGACUUUUUUUUAUUUCCUCUCCAUCUUCCUUAAGUCGAACAAUUGCAUUCUGUUAGUUGUUGCAUUAACACCUUUCAAACGAGCUCUGAAUGCCAAGUGCGUUGGUUCAAAGUAUCCCUUUGAAGAAGGACUAACACUUUUUGAUUCGGGAUGCUUCUAAAUUUCUCUUGAACAUAGGAAACUGAGGAGGAAGGGGGGGGGGGGUAACACGACAUGUGAGCAGCAGAAGUGACUGCCUGACUGACUGCUGGAUUAAGUUUUUGAUGUUUAAUGUCUGAGCCAAAAACCUGGAGCUGGAGCUUUGCAGCAUGGAUCGGGAGUCGAUGCUUUCCUCCCUGACAUGCAUGCAUUGUUUUCCCCGAAUGCAUGCCACCCCUUCUGUACAGCACUGGAAUACAGUCUACCAUCCAACCCUGAAACUAUCUACAUGCAGACUCCGGUUACACACACUAUACACUCGUACCAGCCCGUAUGUCAUUGUGUGUAACCCUUGGGUAAAAAAAACAAGCAACCCCCAGCGUAAUCUGCUGACUAAAUGGACACUAACAUUUUAUUAUUUAGUUACGUGUUGCAGUCAGACUAUAUGGUAGCCCGAAGCCAACAGCUCCGUGUAGCCAGACAUCCCAUACCAAUGGACACACCGUUUCCUCUGUAAGCCACAAUUUCAGUUUGUCAAAGUUGUUGGUAUAUUAUGCAUUUUGGGGCUAUGCACCUUGUAAAGCGGGUCCGUUAUCAGUACUUUUAAUCUCAUUUCAGGGUGUUAAACUUACAUUUCUUAACCUCUUUUUACCAGAAAAACAAUGAAAACAUCCACUUGAAGAUCCAUAAGGUCCAGAUUCACUAAAAAUGCAUUGCAAGGGCAGUCAUGUAUACUUUUAUUAAGUAUAGCAUUUUCAGUUUUCAUUCAAUUUGUAUUUUUAGAAUCAUUUGUGAUUCAAAUUUCAGGCACUCUUAUUUGAGUUUGAGAAUUCAUCCAUUAAAGUGGCCCUUUUAUGCUUUGUAUAGGUUUCUGUGCAUGUAAAUGGUCUGCAGAGGCUUAACUGAAGCCUGAAAUGCCUCCAUUGGACUCCUUUGUUUACUUCUGGAACAUAGUGACAUCACUUGCGCACCUAUUGGCUAGUGCUCCAACACAUUGUACCUGAUAGGCUAAGGGGCGGGACGUUGACUCAUCACAACAGAGCCGGCCAGCUAACCAAUCAGAGCAGACUGGGCUCUUGUUUCAGACAGAGGGUGAAAAGACAGGAAGUAUGAGAAAUAUAAAGAGCUUUCUGAACAUUAGAGCAUGGAGACAUGUCCCAGUAGAGACACUAAAUCGAAUAUAUCCCCUUUAAGACAUACAUCUCUCCCCGGCUUCCUCUCUAAUUGACGUAUAUAUAUGAUUUACUUACAGGUAGUUUUUACCCCAGCUUUCUAUUUCUAAUGUUUGUUUAUUAUUGCUCCUUUCCGUUGCAAUCCUUUAGUGAAUCUGGACCUGUGAGAUGUUGGUGACUUGGUACAGCCGCUCAAAAUGUAAAUCUCUUGUCUUUCGCAUAUUCCCUUUGGAUCCUGGUCUACUCAGUAACAAGCAUUUGCACAUCAAUCACAGGUACUUUUUCAAAGCCGUCUCCUCUAAGUGCUCCAGCUCACCAUUAUUUCCUUCAUUUGUCUAUAUAAUGUCAUCUAAGCGUAUGAAAAAUGGCCAUUGCAAACCUUUUAAAGACUGUUACCUUUGUCAUUUCAGUGUAAAUUGCUCCAUGUGCUGCUGGAGAUUAUUGUAUAGUGCCGAGUAGUGUUGCUUGUAGUCGAGUUAUUUUACAUUUUUAUAACAAAUAUUGUUCUUUUUUAUGUGGCAGGGUUAAAUUUAAAGGACAGUCCUUUGUUUUUAUCCUGUAUAUCUGGAGUUAAAGUCAUCUCUGAGCUGCUUAAACUGCUUUUAUUAUUAAUACUAUUGCCUGGUAAUUGCAAUAAAGUAAAGUAGACCUUCAUUAAGGACCAACAAACAAGCUCAUCGCUCCAAUUUGUGAAUUACAAACUGAUCAUUAACCAGCUAAAUAAAGAGACCUCCAUCUCUUUUUGUUUUGGGUUUCCUUUGAGGGAUUACAUAUCAGCUUCGGAGGAACAGUGUGCAGACUUUCUAACUUUAAUUAGUAUAACUUUAAAGUGUCCCGUAACAUUUCAGGAAUAAUUUGGUCUCUGUCGUUCUUCAAAUCUUCACGGAGGACUGAGAGAAGACAUAUUAUGUAUUAUUUUUGUAACUGUUGUAAAUAACUCCUAAGACGGCAAAGCAAGUGGCAAAAUUCCUCGUCGUUAAUGGACAUGUUUUAUGAAUCGUUGUCUGUUCUAACAGUGUACAUACAUUUUCCAUUUAUACGUGUCACAUAGGGAUAUACAACGGCGUGUUAGGGCCAUUGUGGGUAAAAAGAAAUACAGUUCUGGAGCAGAGGGGCAACAUUUCAAGAAAACCUCAAAUUCAACCUUCAAAUUGAAGUCAGGUGCUUCAUUAGCCCCAAAAACCAACAUUUUACAAAAGAAAAAUUCAGGGAAAUGUGCUAAUUGAAUCCGUCUAAAGCUAAAUUAACUUCUACUCUUUAGUAAAAUUCAGAUUAUUGCUUUUAAAUCUCAGAGAAUAUCAGAAUCAGAAGCACUUUUUAUAAAUAUUUCCCUUAUUUUCCUAUGAAUUUCUGUUUUUGUGCAAUUUACCACUUAAAUCUAAGAGAAAAUCAAGGUUUUUUUCUCAUAAAUGAACUACUUUAAUCCCCCCCCCCCACCCUUAAUUAACAAUGGCCCUAAUACACGUUGUAGAAAUACCUUAUAUAAAUGUAAUAUAACUAAAAAAAGUGGCUAUGAUGGGGGGCUUCGACAUGUUGCUUGACGUGCGUUGAAUACUAAACACAGAAGUCUGAAGUAAUGUGUGUCGACUUUAAAUCCUGGUUUAAAAUCUUUGCGCUAACUCGAUAGCACCAUCAUGCUACAAACCGUUAGCAUGAAGCUAACGCUCUUCCGUGAGCAGGUGGAUGAUUUUUAGAUCUGUGAUUGAUGAAUUGGUGUAUUUUAACAUUCAAAUUGAGUAUAGAGCAACAUGACAAGGACUAUUUUAGUUAGUUUCUCCGUCAUCGUCGUGGUUCCCUGUGGACGAUCUGUAAAUGAGUUGUUAUGAAAUUCAACCAAAUAAAAAAAGGGGGAUUUUAUAA